GAGAACGUAGUCGUAGAGACGGCCCAGGGUGAGGAUACACGAACACUCCAGUCUCAGAGACAUAUCAGUGCUUACCCUUCUUGGCUUCAACCCUUCAAUGACCAAGCAAGUGUGAGACGGUCUCGAUUGUUGUUGGUACUAGUAGCCUUUGUCAUCCACCACUCGCCAGCGCUAACAAACUUCUAGAGCCACCUACCUAGCUUGCCAACAAUUGCAAUUAGGUCUAUACAAAACAAUUAGGAUUCUUCCUAGCCUAGUUCACAUAGUUCUUUAGUUUAACUUCGAGCUGUCAAUCAACACCAAGUGUCUACUGAGCUGAUCUACUACCAGGUGUGGAAAAGGCCCAAAACGAACAACAGCAACAGGCAGUAUCAUCAUCGGGAUCACCAUCACCCAUGCAUGUUGUCGGCUGUUGCCUUUUUAUUGACAAGAACAAAAAAUAUGCAUGUGUGAUAACAUUACCAAAAUGGAAAAGGACAAAGAGACAGAGGAUGCACAUAGAGAUACUCUUUAUCUUGAAUGCAGCAGUGAUUCAAACUUCUUCACAGUUCCAUCCCUCAUUGUCGUCUUUAUUCAGCAGUACUGUCACUAUGAUAAUCUUGACAUUAUUCUUGUUAGUAGAAAUCAACAGGAACAAAAAUCAUCUCCAAAAUCAGGUCUGAAUAAAAAUUGUCUUGAUGGCAACCCUGGUGACAAGCAUGAUCUCAAGCAAAAUCUUCUCGCGAUACCAAAGUGCUUUGAGUUCAGUGUAUUGAAUUAUGUCUGUCUCCCUCGUGUGGUACAAGAUUGUCAGCUGCCAUCUGUAUUACUGCCAGGAAAACAGUUCUGUGUUUCUGGUCUGGCUAAUGUGUGUAGACGAAUCAUCCAAGCUGCGGUGCCUUUAGAACCACAUCGGAAUUUAGUAACACUUCUUGGUUUCCGACAAACUUGCCUGAAAACUUGUUCAGAGUCAAGCAUAUGGACUAAACUUUGUGAAGUGGACGCUCCUGAUGAGAUCACCAACUACCUCAAGAAGCCAUUAGAACAAUCCUCCUGCCCCAUGUGUGUCAGCAAGUUCCAGGAAAUACUAUCACAGCCCGUGUCUGCGUUCAAUUCUGAGAAAAUGAGAAGAAAAAUGCUAAAGAACAAGCAGAAGAAUGGUACCACAGAUGGAGGAGAUGGUAGGUCUGAUGUAGACAGGAAAAGUGAUGAAAAUAAAACUGCUGUUAAAAGAGAGAAUGAUGGGAUAGGAGGAGAAGCAGAUGAUGAGGAGAUGCAUCCUGGGAAUGAUAUGGUAACUUGUGAAGAGGGUAAGAAUGAAGAGUUGACAUCUGAAUUCACCACCAAGUUGAAUUUGUGGAACAAGAAAGAAAUUCGAAGAAGGAAGAGAGAACAGAAUCAGAAGAAUUCUGCAAGAGAUCACAUUGUUCCAAGUCGUGAUGUAUCUGCUACAAGUAAUGUACAUCAAUCACCCACUGAUACAGAUGGUGCUAUUGGCAGAGUUGAAACUGUUGAUGAGAUUUCCUCUAAGUCAGAGGAUGGAAGCAUGAGAAGAAAAAGAAAACAGAGGAAUAAGAAAAAGAUACACAAAGACUCUUUGCCAGAGCUCACUCAUCUUUUUGUACAUGAUGUAGACGUCACUCUUGCUGAUUUUACAUUGUUUGUUCCCAUCCACCUGUGGCUACACACCUCCACUCUGAAUGGUACAUCCCACGCUCCAUACAGGAGUGUGCCUUUGGUCUUGGAUUGGUACCAGCGCAUGUGGAAUGUUCCAUUGGUGCGGCAGGUAGCAUCAACCUGUCUGGGACUGAGGGAAGUGGAUAUUAUGUCUCUCAAGGAAACAACUAGUGAUAUUGGUGAAAUCUCAAAGACUGAUAGUUUCAUAUCAGAAGAAGAUGUCAGACCUCACAUUGGCAAUCUAGGUGUCAGCCGUGGUGUAAUGAGAGAGUUACUGAAGAAGGCUUUACCUAAUGUGAUCUUGACGUUAGAGGAUGAAGGAUUGAAUGCUGGAUUCCUGGAUCACCCUUCAAAGAAUACAUCACUAGAUUGGAGAAACAUGCACGCAGCUGUUAGUCCUAUAGAAGGUGAAGUUGAAGCACGCCGAGCUAGAGGUAAAGAAAAUCAGAUUGAGAGCAUUGUCACAGCUGUUCAACAGAUAGCCAAGCCUGGAUCAAGGAUUCUUGAUUUCUGUAGCGGAGGGGGUCACCUUGGUAUAGCUCUUGCAUACUGCCUCCCAGACUGUCAUGUGAUCAUGAUUGAGAACAAAGAAGAGUCUUUGAGACGAGCGCUGGGUAGAGUACAAACCCUCAAACUACAGAAUGUCACCAUGUACCUGAGUAACAUUGAUUACUUCUAUGGACAAUUUGAUGUUGGGGUGUCUCUACAUGCCUGUGGAGUAGCAACAGAUAUUGUCCUUUGUAAAUGUCUAGAGCAGAAUGCAUCGUUUGUGAGCAGUCCUUGCUGCUAUGGUUCGAUACAUAACACACAUCACAUGACCUAUCCAAGAAGCAGAGUAUUCAUGGAGAGCAGCAUCUCCAAGAAGGACUAUUUAUUAGUUGCACAUGGAGCUGAUCAGACAUGUUGGGAUUUUGACAGUCAUCUUGCUAAACAAGGAAAGCGUUGUAUGGGUUAUAUCGACCGAGAUAGAGCCGAGUUUGCCAGGGAAUAUGGCUAUCAAGUCACCAUAUGUUCACUGAUACCUGAGACAUGUUCACCCAAGAAUAAUCUUCUGAUAGGGGUUUCCCCUCUACACAGGCAAGACCACAGUGCAUGAUCAUUCCUUGUUUUUCACAAUCAAGAUAUUAUUUUGUACCUGAACUCUUUGUUCACUGGGCCAUGAACUCCUCUGUGCUUAAUUAAUUUCAGAGAGGAGAAACAAUGCAUUGUAUGUUUGAGCGUUAAAUGCAAAGUUCAUGCGGCACCAAGUGUGCAUUUAUGUAAAGUAUGCGAGGAAAGGGUUAAUGGCUUCUUCAGACCGCAUCAUAGAGGGCGGUAUGAUGCUGAUUGCAAAGGAAUUAAUGCAUAAAUAUUGUGUCAGCCACACUCAGCCAAACCGACAACAAAUCGAUCAUAACUAUUUAUAUUUUGUUUCGAAUGCCAUAUCCUUAGCUUGUGUGAAGUUGGUUUUGGCGGUGUCACUGUGGCAUUACUGAGGUUAGUGGCACCAUAUCUAAUGAAGGUCCUGUCAAAGACUUGUUAUGUGCACAAUUUUUAUGACAAAUUUACUAUUAGCCUUUCAGGGGCUUUUAUCUGUUAUGGAUUUUUUAUUACAUGUAUAAUGAGUUUUAUGAAACUUGGGCCCCAGGUUUAUAGAAGCAUGCAGAUCAUGUCCUAGUAGUUUACAUGUCUUGUCUUUCCAUCGAUGCCCACAAUCGAAGAGUUGAUUGCCAUGGCAGUUGAAGAAAUUACUUGACCAUCUAAAACUCUUGGUGGGGGACUGAUCAGUGCAUUACACCAGUACCAGCCACACAGAAACAUUGUGAGCUCUAACACUGCACUUAAAGAGGCCCUUGUCACAGCGAAGCCUAUCACAACAAUACGUUGUUCUACCAUCUUGGCCCUACGUUUGACAUAAGAUAAGAUAAGAUAAGAUAAGAUAUUUAUUUGUCUUUCUUUCUGCACAUACAUUUUAUCUUACAAGUUAGAUUUCACAUUCUACAAAUGAAAAUCAAUUAACCAUAAAUCAUUCUUACAGUAGAAAAAAAGAAACAUAGCAAAUAACUAAACGUAUUGAGAGAAAGACAAGGAGAACCCCUGAAAAAGCAAGGCUUGUAAGGCUAGGGUCUCCUUUGUUUCAAGUACAUGACUGAAUAGUAUUCAGUGUUGACAUGUAAUAUCUUUAAAAAUACAAAAGAAACCAAAAAAAAUGCAUCAAUAAAACAAAAAAGACAAACUAAAACUAAUCAAUGACAAAAAACACACACUAAUAGAAUACAUUGCUUGAAUGUACAGUUAUGAAGUCUAAUAAACUAACAACAAUAUGAUAUAAUUAAGUGAUAUAUGAUGGAAGAGGAAAUAAGUAUGGAUAACAUGGCAUGAAAAAAAAGAGGACGAUCGUAUGUAUAAAUAAUAAUAGUAAAGU